CUUUAUGUUUUUGGCAUUGAAAUGCUAAAAUAUUUAAUUGCUCUUUAUAAUGACUCCUUUAUUAAUUAAGAUAAAUUUUUGAUUUAAGCAGGUGCGAUUGACAUGUAUCAAAUUGAACUAAUUGAGUUUCUUAAGCCAAUGGAGGAUGCAAAAAACUUAUUCGUUGGCAAUAUUAAUGUGAAGUCAGAUACAAUGGAUCCUGAAACACUUAAGGUGUUUUUCUUAUUAUUAUUUUCUCUAGGCCUAUUAAAAUACUAUUUUUACUAAAACUAUAAAACUAAAUUUCCUUUUUUUUUUUUUUUUUUUUUUUUUUAAACCCGGUCCCGGUACUAAACUAGUCGGGUCUAUGUCUUUAUCUUUUUUUAUGUAACCCGCAAUGUAUCAGUGUAGAUAGUUUUGAAUGGAACCAUCGCAUCUCUACUUUAAAAAUAAAUAAAGCAACCUAUUCUGUUGGGCAGAUUCUCAAAUAUGCCCAUUUGAGCCAUUUCUUAUAAUUAAUUACUGAGUGGAAGUUGACUGAAGCCUAUUCUUAUUCAUUAUAAUAUAGACAUUGUAUCUUUACUCAUUUACGACAAUGACAUUUUAGUGAUUAGUGAAUUUUUUAAUUGGCAAUGGUCAAUGGUCAAACGCCACCAGUGGCAGUGGUGUAUCAUGUAUAAUGUAUGCGUUGUAUGCCAAUCAAUGUCAUAAAUGCCCUUUCCUAUUGGGCUUGGGCAUAGACUAUAGAUAGUCCGUAAAAGUCUCAAAUCACGGAUAAUAACAUUAUUAGUAAUUAGCAAGUUUAACAAAGAAUAAAUAUUUUAUUAUCAUCCGGGGAGGGGGGGGGGGCGCAUAAAGUGUAUGAGUAUAAGAUUGAGAAGUUUCAAACUUCAAAGGCUAAAGUUAUAAUUAAAACUCCUUGUCAUAAGACCCUUUCCAAUUUGAAAUUCCUUGAAUGUUCUACCUGGCGUCUACCUGAAACUUUAUUUUGCAUUUUGAGCUGUGAAAUGUUACAUGAAUCAGUCUUGUCAGAUUGUUGGGUAUGACUAACAAACUCCUGGAGAGUUUUAUAUCAUUUUAUUUUGAUGCUGUCAGAGGCAAUUUAUAGUACACAUAGAGAGGGUUUACUAGGAUAUUAUAAUAAUAAUAUUAUUAUAUUCGUAACAUUUCUCUAAGACCUUUAUCUACAUUGGUAAUAUUUUUUUACAUUGGUAAUAUUUGUUCAGUGUAUGCAUAGUAUGAUGGUUGUAGUUUCUUGGCAAUUAGUUUUGUCAGUAUUUUGUAGGUUAUAUUUAAUAAGGAAAUUCCACUGCAGUUUGUGUCUUGAAGUUUGGAACCAUUUUUUGUAUUGGUUUAUUAGUGUUGUUUCCCAUUCUGCAAGAAUUUCCUCUUAUUGCUGGUUAUAAGUUUAUGUUUCUUGAGGGUGCAAUUAUUUUUAUUACUAUUAUUAGUGGACUUAUAUAGCGCGGUACCCCAGGCUAGGGCUGGGCUCACUGUGAUGUACAUAAAAAUAUUAGCAAACAUAAUCAUGACAACAACAAAAAUAACAUACAUUUAUUUAAUUAAAAAAACGCUAUAUAACAACACCCCAGAAGUUUUUCAUGUCACGCCAUGGACAGUGACCAGCAGCAUCGUUUAUCGGCAAUUGGGGGGAAUCAGUCGGGAUAGUAGAGUUUAAAGAGAUGUGUUUUGAAGGCCUGUGAGGUUGGUAUAUUGUAGAUGUGUAGUGGGAGAGAAUUCCAUUGUUUGGGGGUGAAGAAAGAUAAAGAUCGUUAAAUUCUCUUCCUCCAUAUUUAAUAAGUUUUGCUGUAAUGAGGCAGAAACCGGGGGUGCACCCUGCAACCCCUGUGACUGCAUGGGGCCUUUGGAUAUUUGGGACCCAAAGUUAUAGAUGGAAAAAAAAUAAUCUAUCAGCUUUAAAUACAUGGUGCUUAAAUGGAAAAGUUGUAGGAGGCCUCCAAAAGGGUUCUAAAUGAGGUCUUCUUCAGGUGCUACAAAACAAGAACAAAGGUACUUUUAAUUAAUUGAAAUUAAGAUAGGGCUCAAAUCAUUCUUAACCCAUAAUAAAUUACACACACCUUGUGCAAUGUAAUUUCCAUUGUUGAUAGCUUGAUUGCACCCUCCCAUCCCAUAAUAACAAUUUUUUACCUAAAUGUACUUCUGUCCAAAAUAUUAAUGGAAGCUCAAAAAAAAAACUCAUGUUAUAACUGUUCAAAUUAAUUACAGUAUGUUUAUAAAUUUAGCAAAGACUUAUCCAAUAUAGUUAUUAUUUUGCAUCCAGCAAAAGUAAAUGAAUUAUUAAUCUGGAUAGUAUUACAAAAGAUAUAGUGGGUCUAAAGCAUAGCUAUAUCAGUAUGUUUAAUAUAUAAAUUGGAUAAACAAAUUGUAACGGGAAGGUGCUGCAGGGAGAUACAUUUGGAGAUCUGCCAUCCCAGAUCCAGAUGGUGAUCUGGUUUUUCCUCCUUUAUGGAAACUUGAGUGCUUUUUUUUCCACUGGCAACUUGCUAGGGCUAGGCCUGUGGCAGCAGUGUUUGCAAGGUUUUCUUCUCUUAGAUAAUUACAUCUUCCAGACACUAGUUUGUAUGUCAUCUUACAAUGUGGAAACACAUUUACCUGGUCACCCAUUAUAAAAACAUACAAUAUUAAAAUCAUACAUUAUUUAGUUCCAUGUAUGUGUUGUAAUUUCUUUGGGUUUUUUUUUUUUUUUUUUUCAGCUUGUGUUUUACAAAUCAUUUUCAAGAUUUGGCAUACUCUUUGAAGUUAAAGUUUUUUUUUACACAAGUCUUACAAGUACCAAAGCAAUAGACAGUAACACUUGUAAUAAAGGUGAAAUCAUUUUAGUGAUUUUACUGGACAUCAUUAAAUCAAUAGACAAUUUACUUAUUGAAAUCAUAUCUGUCUCAUUUUUAAAAUUUACAAGUUAUAUUAAGAUAAACCAGUUCUUCUUCUUCAACUGUUGAGGUCAUAUUUUAAUCACUUGUUUUUAAAUGACCAGUAACUUCCAGUAACUGGUAACUGAAAUUAAUCACUCUACGUAGAUGGUGAAGCAAAAAAACAGACAUCCCAUUAUGCCUUUGUUAAAUUUUACUCAAAGAUGUCAGCACAACAAGCUAAAAGUUCUCUCCACCUCACAUCUAUAGUUGGAACAGAUGCUUGCAAGGUUAAACAUUUUUUAUUUUGAUUAUCAAACAUUUUUUUAAACUUCCCCUUAGAUGCCUUAGUGAUACUUUUUUAUUUUAUUAUAGUUUUACAAACAUUUCAAAUAUUAAAUUUACCAAAAUACGAUUAUAAAAAGCAAAAUUUUGAAAUUUAGGCUACCCUACUGCAUACAUUAAACAUAAAUAAAAUGAUAAAAUUACUUAUUUUUAAUGCAUGGUUUUAAACAGUUGCUCUUUUAUACCAUGUACUUUCCAUUUCUUAAAAACAUAGUAAUGAUAAGUAAUAUAAAGAUAAUACAAUUACUGCUGUUGUGAUGAAAUUAUUUUCCAAUUGAUAUUUUAUGCUGAUGAUAUUGUGGAGGCAUAAUGCUUCAUAAUGACUUAAAAUAUGUUCAGUUUGAAAGAGGGGAGCAUAGAGGCCCUCAGAAAUUAUGCCAGGCUAUUUUUUACAUAUUUUAAUAUCACGAAUAUGUGACCAAUUAGCUAGAUCGGAUGUCAUUUAUGGAUGACACCCCCCCCCCCCCCCCCCCAGUAUUAAUUUUUAUUCUGCACUGAAAAAAUAUUUAUAGUAAUAUGUGUUUCAGAACUGAAAGGAUGCUAUUAAAUCAGGUUUAAUUUUAAUUAUUUACAUUUCAACAGGUUGAUUAUGCUAAACGCAAAAAAAUAUCUGAAAAUGACAAACAAGUGCUGUAUAUAACUCAGUGUUAUGAUUUAGCCAACUUUUAUCUAGGAUUUAAUGGAUGGUCAUCAGCCAUUAAACAGGUAUGUUGUGGUUUAAGAUUAACUAUAGUUAUUAUAUUAAUAAGAUCAGUGGUGUAGCUAAAGCUAAUGAGGCCCAGGUGGGUCUAAAACUUUGCCGGUCCCCUUCCACAAAAAAACUUUAGUUGGGCAAAAAUGCCACACUUCCAUAUGAAUAUACUGGUAAUUAAAAAAGUGCCACCUCAGCACCAAUCCCUCCUCCUCCACCACUGAAUAAGUUAAAUAAACAAUCUGAUAUUAUACAUUUUCCAAAAAAUAUUGUAGUGGGCAAGAAACCUUUUUUAUAAAAACAUUGAUAAUUACACUUGGAUGUUUCAUGAGAUCAAUUUUUGGGUCUUCUUGAUUCUUAAAGAUCAGCACCAAAAUUCCUGGAUGUUUAAAAAAAGUACUAUGUGCAAGACAACAAUGAAGUCUCUAAAAAUAUUUGUUAUAAAGACUGGGCUGUAGUGGAGUUUCUCAUUGUAGCUGGGAAUGAAAUUUUCUAUAUGCAUGUAAACUCCCCAGACAAAUAUAUAUGUUAUUUAGCAUUCAACAGUAUUCAGAAUCAGCUACUACUAUAUGUAAGGACUGGACAUGCAUGAAUGGUUAAGAGCAAUAUUAUAAAUAAAAACACAGAAUCUGCAUAAUUUUGUUAUGGAAUUUCAAUUCUCUUUAGUUGACGGUAGAUACGGCAGAGACAGAUUCAUCAGCAAAUGAGGAGACCUGUAGAGCCACUUGUAUUGUUGACCUACACAUUCAUAAAUCAGGUCUGAAAGUUACAGGUUUGGGCAUUUCAGAGACAUCCUUUUCUUGCAGAGGUGAGACUUUAAAAUGGUGGGUCUCUAUGUGGUGCUCCCUUUCAUCAUUGUUGAGAACAGAAAAAUUUCAUAGUUUUAACAUUUUUAUAACAAGAGAUUUUUCUCCUCAGUCUGUAGCAUUUUCAAAGUUAUAACAUUGGACUACUUCUAUGAAUAAGAAGCAACUUUGCCUUUACAACAUAUUUUUAAAGAAAGUAAAUACUUCUAAAAUUUUCCUCUUCAUUGGUUUGUGGCUCUUACUCAAAGUGAACAAAGAGGCUUUUGAAAAUGUGAAACCUUUUGUGUGGUAUGAAUUUCUAAAAAUAACCCAAACUUAAGAUGUUUAUGCUGCAGGUGAUAAUAUAUUUUAUUUUAUACAAUCAUUAUUAAAUUAUUUCCUCAGAUCUGACAAGUAAAAUUCAGGCCUUUGCUGUGGGUAAAAAGCGUUCACAUCAAAAUGCCAUACAAAAUGCCUUCUCUAAAGUAAUUCUUAUUGUGUUGAGUAAUGGAAAGGUUUCUGCAGCUAUUAACUCAAAUGUUAAAGAACAUGUGGAGGAGUUUAAGCCAGAAUAUGGCUAUUUGAGUGUGAGUCUUCUAGUUAUAUCAUUUUUUAACCAUUAAUUUUAAGGUGCAUAGCCAGGUUUUAUAAUUAAAUUUAAUCAGUAAAGCAUUAAUGUCUUUUCUGCCAUAAUUUCUCCUGUAAUGUCUUUUCUGCCAUAAUUUCUCCUGAUACAUAUUUGGCAGAAUAAAUUUAUUUCCCAACCAAGUAACUUAUUGAGCUGUUGAUAAUUUUUUGGAAAUUACUUUCUCUCCUGCCAUUAUAAAUUUAUAUUCUAAUAAUUCUAAUAUUUACAAUGAAUUUAAACUCAAACAAUGUAAAGAAAAUAUACCUUUUCUGUUUUGAUUUGAAGAAGCCUUUUGUAUUAUAUUUAUUACUGGUAGUUAAUUAUUAUCUUCAAAUCAUUCAGGUCAAUAACCUUGAACAAGAACCAGAGGAAUCCAGUGAUGAACAAGAACCAGAGGAAUCCAGUGAUGAUGAAGAUUUAGAAAUUCUAGAUAGAAGAAACAUUAGUAUCUUACAAGGCUUGGGCCAGGAUGUUGGUUAACAAGGCUUACUUAUUCAAAAAUAAAUAUUGAAUUUUUUAACCAUAAAUCUCUGUUAUUUAUUAAUUUCACUCUCAGUUGUGUUCUGCAAAAUCAUUUUUGACAUCACUUUUAUUAAGCCUUUUGUUAAAUAUCUUGAUAUUUGCAUGAAGGAAAAUAAAUAUGAUGCACAUAGUGACAAGACAAACAUGUUUGGAAAUCUAUGAUAA